AUGAAACCAACCUGGUGGCCCGGAGAACAACAUGAAUCCUUCACAGAAUGGGCAAUAUCUCAAGGAAUUACCCCCAGUGGAGUCGCCCCAGCCCGGUUCCCAGGUCGUGGCCUAGGCAUGAUAGCCACACGGAAUAUCAAAAAAGGCGAGACUCUCCUGAAAGUACCACUGCAAGCAAUGUUCACCAUUAAUCGCGUCCCUGCAACAUUCACCAGCAAAUUCGCUAAGGGAACACCCGUCCAUACCCUAUUCGCAGCAUUCUUCACAAAUGGUGACACAGAAGACCUUCGGAAAUACGAUCUCUGGAGAAAUACCUGGCCUAGUCGCCAAGAUUCCGAGGAUAGUAUGCCAAUCGUAUGGCCUGAAUCCCUCCGGAGGUUGAACACCGACCAAACACUGCUCCCUCCAUCGAUAUCCGGAACCUGGAGUACCUUCCAGAAGCGAAAGAGCGCGUUUCCCUACGAUUCGUCUCACCAAAACCUUCUCUCUCAACAGGAAGGACGGUUGCGAGAUUCAUGGGAAAAAGUCGUUUCUGUCUUCCCGGAAACGGAUUGGGAGACGUUUUUAUAUCACUGGCUUAUUGUGAAUACGAGAUCUUUUCAUUUUCUGAUGCCUGGGGACGAGGCACCAGAGGAUCGGAAUGAUGCUAUGGCUUUGCUGCCUUUUGCAGAUUACUUUAAUCAUUCUGAUGUUGUAGAUGAUGUUAAGUUUAAUGGCAAGGAAUAUGAAUUUCGAGCUACGAACGAUUGCGACGAAGGAGAAGAGGUGUACAUGAGCUACGGCCCACAUCCGAACGACUUUCUUUUUGCUGAAUAUGGGUUUUUCCUCGACAAAAACGACUGUGAAACAUUAUACCUCGACGAUAUCAUUUUCCGAGAUCUUAAUACUUUUCAACAAGAAGAACUUAAUUUGCAGCAAUACUAUGGUAACUACCAAGUAACAUCCACCGGCGCUUGCUACCGCACCGAAAUCGCAGCAUGCAUCAACUACAUGACACCCAAGGACUGGCAGAACUAUGUUCUCGGAUACUCAACCAAGGGUGUAGAUGAUAAGAAGACGGAGACUAUUAUCCGUGAAUGGAUAAAAGUGUACGGCAAAGAGGCUAGUGCAACGAUUGCAAAGUUGGAGGGUAUGACUAGUGAAGCAGAUGGUAAAACUGGAAUGCUUUUAAAACGGUGGAAGCAGAUCUAUGAUUUGUGUCAACAGGCAGUGGAAGCCGUGUCUUGUUAG